AUUGGGCGGGUUCCCACGCUAUCGGGAUUCUUUUGGUCAGGCUUUUUAUUUUUGACUAAGAAACACGAUAUUUUAUUGAUUUUCUAUUCAGAAGAACUUUACAAUAAAGUGUAAUGUUGACGUUUUAAUAACACGGUUCAGUUUUUAGCCAAUAAGGUUCAGGAGAUCUCGAGUUCUGCCCAAUCAGACUUCAGGCUUGAUUAGCGGGUUGUUGUGAUUGUUGGAUUCUCUCCUGUCAUCUACUCGAAAUGGAGACCCAUGGCAUUAUGAAAGCCUUCCCAAAAGUGAAGAGGCACCGGCCACAUCAGGGUAAAGAUGCCCCUCCAGUCAAGAAGCCUAUUACUGGGAACAUAUUUCAGGGUGUCUGCAUCCACAUAGUCCCUGCUGGCAUAGGAAAUGCCCGUUGUGACAUAUUCCAGCAGCAGAUCGUGCAGAAUGGGGGCCAGGUGGAAGCUGCUUACGGUCCCAGUUGCACGCACGUGGUUGUGGAUGAGUCGGUGGACAGGGAGCGAGCAUUGAGGCUGCUGAAGAUGGAAACCUUUCCCCCUGCUGUGCAGCUGGUAAAAUGCACUUGGCUCAGUGCUUGCAUCUCUGAGAAGAAGCUUGUGAGCACAGGAGACUACAGGCUGCAUCCAUGUGACCGUCCUCAGGAUGCUCCAGCUGAGAAACCAAAGCCGAGCGUUGUCAGCUGCAUCCCUGUUCCUGAGGAAACACAGCCACCGGAUCACAAAUCAGCUCAAGAUGAUCCAGCUGACAUGGUGCCCGAGACUCAGGAAGAACCCCUGGAGGAAGAUGCUGUCUCACAGAAAGACCUGGAGGCUCUGAUCAGCGGGGUUAAACACGAUCCCGGUGCCCCAGCUGACACUCAGAAUACGUCCGAAAAAACAGAGGUGCUGGGAAAGUGGGUGUGCGCCCAGUCGUCUCGAACCAAGAGCAAGAACCACAACGAUCACAUCACUGACAAGCUGGAGCAGCUAGCCAAAGUGUACACGCACACGGGUGACAAGUGGAGAGCGCUGAGCUACUCGAAAGCCGUUAACGCACUCAAGAGCCAUCCCAAGCCGAUCUCUUCAUAUGAGGAAGCCUACAAGAUCCCAGGCAUCGGCAAGAGCAUGGCCAAUAAGAUUGUAGAGAUCAUGGAGAGCGGGCACCUGAGGAAGUUGGACCAGUUCGGGGAGGCUGUGCCCGUCUUGGAGAUGUUCACCAACAUCUGGGGUGUUGGUGCAAAGACUGCCAAGCUCUGGUACCAACAGGGGUUUCGUACACUGGAGGAUAUUCGCACCAAGGCCACUUUGUCUCACACGCUGAGAAUUGGCCUGAAGCACUACGACGACUUCCUCGAUCGGAUGCCAAGGAGCGAGGCGGCCGCCAUCGAGAAAACGGUGAGAGAGGCAGCGCACAGCGUGAACCCAGAGCUGCAGGUGGUGGCGUGCGGCUCGUACCGGCGCGGGAAGCCCACAUGUGGAGAUGUGGACGUGCUCAUCACUCACCGAGACGGCCAAUCGCACAAGGGCGUCUUUAGCAAAGUGCUCCAGCUCCUCCGUCAGAUGGGCUUCUUGACUGAUGAUCUGGUGAGCCACGAGGACAACGGCGAGCAGAAGAAGUACAUGGGCGUAUGUGUUCUGCCAGGCUCGGAUCAGCGCUAUCGAAGGCUCGACAUCAUCGUGGUGCCCCACAGUGAAUUUGCAUGCGCUCUGCUCUACUUCACCGGUUCGGCCCACUUCAAUCGCUCCAUGCGUGCACUCGCCAAGACUAAGGCCAUGAGCCUGUCAGAACACUCGCUAAACGCCGGUGUGGUGCGCGAUCGCAGCGUGAAAGUGGUACCGGGUUUGGCAUUAAAUACGCCUACUGAGAGGUCGGUCUUUGAGCAUUUGGGAAUCCCAUACAGAGAGCCUCAUGAGAGAGACUGGUAGCAGGACACAUCAGAAUAAAAUAGAAAUGAAAGCAUGUCCUAGCUGCUUUACAUGUCGCUCCAGAAGAUGUUUUUAAAAACUUUUUAUGUUUUAUUUAUGAAAGCAUAAAGGUGCAGUACAUGAGUUCACAUGAUAGGAAUAGAUUUUUAGCUCUUUAUCUUAAAACUCUAUAAACUACACCAUAUAGAUAAAAGAUGAGGGAUGAUGGAGACUGAUUAUAUUAUAUAUAAUCUAAUCAAUAUCAAAUUAUUGAUAUUAUAUUUAUUUGUUGUGCUGUGCUGUUGUGCUAUUUGUUGAUGUUCACUAUUAUAAUAAGAUUGAUUGUAACAGACAUAUUGGAUGAAGAAAAGAUCAUGUCAGUGCCCGAAUGUGUGAAUGUGGUGGUCCAGUGUUGGUUACCUUAAACAGUAGCCAAGAUACACUCGAUUGCCUUAGCAUUGUCAGAUAACUUGAAUUUUUUCAGGGUGUAACACUUUAUAUGGGAUAUUUCCAUACUAUGGGAUACUAUUAAAAUCUUUCAAAAUGUG